UAAAUCUUAGUAUAAGUAGUAGUAAUAACAACAACAAAUAUAUCGUGAAACUGUUUAAAUUUUAAGUGAAAUGGACGAGAAGGAUGACAGGACCAAAAACCUAUCACUAAAGCCAGCAGUGCCGCCAAUUCCACCGCCUAUGCACGUCGCCAAAAUACAACCCAAGCUUCUAUUCCAGCUCUACAUCAAUACGUUUCUGGGCGCAUCCUUUGCCGAGCUCUUCACCUUCCCCAUGGACGUGGUCAAGACGCGUCUACAUUUGCAGGGAGAGGCGGCACAGAAGGGCGAAUCAGGCGGCCCAAAACGCGGAAUGUUUGGUAUAAUGUAUGGUAUCGUUAAGGAAGAGGGUUUCAAGAGUCUGUACAGUGGACUAUCUGCGAUGAUUACACGCAAUCUAAUAUUUAAUGCCCUUCGUGUCGUUUUCUAUGAUGUGGUCAGACAGGAGUUUGUAUAUUACGAUGAGGAGGGCCAUGAAGUGCUGAGUCUGUUUCGGGGUUUUGUGGCGGGAAACAUUGCUGGUUGUAUGGCACAGGCAUUGGCCAAUCCAUUGGAUAUUAUAAAGAUACGCAUGCAAAUGGAUGGAAGGCGUCGAUUUCUCGAUCAACCUGUGCGCGUUAAGAACGUUGGCCGGGGCAUCAUAGAUCUAUAUAGACAAGGUGGCAUUAUCAAUAUGUGGAAGGGUAUGGGUCCCAGCUGUUUUCGUGCCAUGAUGAUGACAGCAGGUGAUACGGCGGCCUAUGAUUUGAGCAAGCGACAUUAUAUACGACUGUUCAAGAUCAAGGAUGGCAUCCUUAUCCAGUUUAUGGCAUCGGUUACAGCUGGCUUGGUGGCCAGCGUUCUCAGCACACCCGCCGAUGUGGUCAAGUCUCGCAUUAUGAACCAACCGACCGAUGAGAAGGGCCGUGGUCUGCACUAUAGGAAUGCUUUUCAUUGCUACUACAAAUUGAUAACCGAGGAGGGCCUAAUGGCAAUGUACAAGGGCUUUACUCCAUGUUGGUUGCGCAUUGGACCCUGGUCGGUUGCCUUUUGGACAGCAUUCGAGCAACUGAGAAAGUGGCAGGGUCAAACGGGAUUUUAAAUUGUCGAUCUCCACAUUAUUUUUCAUAUAUAUAUUUCUAUAGAUAUGUAUCUCUUCGAGUAUGAAUUUCAAUAAAGAACUUAUUCUUAUAUGUA